AUGAUGCACCGCACUGCCAACGUAUGCAAACAGGAACAUGGCCACCGGUGUUUAACAUCAGCAGUCUAUCGUUAUAUUUCCCUUCUGUGGGCCUGACAGAGUGUGUGACAGUAUAAACUCUGCUGAGCCUCCGCCACAGAAGAAAAGCCUCCGUAGAGUUUCCCGGCGGAGCCAGCAGACCCUCCGAAAACAGCGUCUUCGUUGUUCAUCAAUCACAGACAGUGUGGGUCAACAUGGCGAGUCCAAGGACCAGAAGAGUUCUGAAGGAAGUGAGAACAGAAGACGAGAACAAUCUGUGUUUUGAGUGUGGGGCUUUUAACCCUCAGUGGGUAAGUGUGACCUAUGGGAUCUGGAUUUGUCUUGAGUGCUCUGGCAAGCACCGGGGCCUGGGAGUACAUCUCAGUUUUGUGCGCUCUGUCACCAUGGACAAGUGGAAAGAUAUUGAGCUUGAGAAGAUGAAAGCGGGAGGAAAUGGAAAAUUCCGCCUUUUUCUUGAACUCCAAGAUGAUUAUGAUCCCACCUGGACUUUACAGGAGAAAUACAAUAGCAAAGCUGCUGCGCUCUUUAGAGACAAGGUUGCGACUUUAGCAGAGGGUAAGGAGUGGUCCAUUGAGACGUCCCCUGCCAGAAACUGGACAUCUCCUCAACCCAAGACCAGCCUUUCAUCCGCUCAUCGCUCUGGAGGACCUGGACAAAGCUCAGGGAAAUCUAAUGACAAAGCUUUUGAAGACUGGUUGAGUGACGAUGUUAACUCAUAUCAGAGUGGAGGGGGCUACAGUGGGAAUCAGGAGAAUCGGUAUGUUGGCUUCGGCAACACAGUGACCCCAGAGAAGAAAGAGGAUGACUUCAUCAACAAUGCCAUGUCUUCUAUUUAUUCAGGUUGGAGCAGUUUCACUGUUGGAGCUAGCAAGUUUGCUUCUAUUGCUAAAGAUAAUACAUCUAAACUGGCAAACCAAGCAACCCUAAAGUUAAGGGGCUAUAAAGCGCCCCCAGAACCGGCCACAGAGUUAGGACAGACAAUAAAUGAGAAUGUUAUCAAACCCACCCAAGAAAAGGUCAAAGAUGGCAAAUUGCUAGAUGAAAUGGCAGUCGGCAUCUCUGAGCUGGCAAACAAGGUUCAGGGAGCUGGUGCAAAAUUGACCAAUAUCUUCUCUGGAAAACCGGAGGAUGGGUCUGCUGGAGAGAGCUACCAGAACAUGGAUGCCACUGAGGGAUAUCAGGGCAGUUCUAGCCAGCCUGUGUCAAGGGACUUCUGGGAAACCUUUGGCAGCAACAGCUCCUUAAAGGCCAAGAAAUCUCCCAGCAGUGACAGCUGGACCAUCGCAGAUAAUUCCGCAAAGAAGAGCUCUGACAGUUGGGACAAUUGGGGCUCCGAAGCAGCGUCCAACAACAAACACAGCACAGAGGAGAGCUGGGAAGCCUGGGACAACAACUGGGAGAACGCAGAUGGUAAGACGAAGAAGAGUCCCACAAAACCUGCGGAGGAAACCUGGGAUAAUGCAGACUGGUAGUGACCUCACAACCAUACAUCUCCUCAUCCUUUUCUUCCCCCUGUUUCUCUCUCUCUGUUCAUCUCACUGGCACUUUUAGGGAAAGAGCUGUGUCAGCUUAGUUCCUGCCAAUCCAUUCAAAAUAUAUUUAUUAUGAACCCAAGAAACAAUAAACAAAGCCCAGGGUUAAGUUGAGCUCACAUUCUCAAAAUGUACAGCUAUACUGACAUGUUGUCAUGUAUUUUAUUGUAAAUUAACUCCAUCACAAUAAAUGAGGCAUAAAUCAGUGUAGAUAUGGUCAUAACUUUCUGCCUGGGCUCCCCUAAUAUAUUACUCUUAAUGGUGAAUACGCCAGUGUUCAUACUGUGUGGGUGUAAUGAUACUGGUUCUUAAUUCACUACAUUAAAAAAAAACAAAAAACAAAACGAUGCAUGACAGAGGAAAUCUGACAUUGUAAAUAUAAAUCCUUGUAAAUACAGUGUGAUUGACUAAACACUAAUGACAUGAUUUUCUGUUUGUUCAAUCAAAUUGAUUUGCUCUGCCCCUGGACCUUUUGCACAUUUUGUUCUUGUGGAAUUGAUUAUGAAGAGUUUGUUUUUCUCUAAUAGAGUUGAAGCCUUUUCUACACUGUAGUCAGAAAGUGUUGUCUUAAAUCAAAGGAACAAAUAAUCACUAACAAAUUGGCUCUCAUUAAUCAAAUUUAUUUGGGAAUGUAAGUAAGUUUAAAUGAAAUAAUUGAAUGUGUAAUGAGCUAGAGCUAAAUGACCUUUAUAAUUUUUUAGUUUUGAUUUAAUUUCUUUUGUUUAAAAUGUGCAAACAGUCAAUGGGUUUGACAGCAGAGAGCUGCAUAUACAUGAUCAUGUUAUCAAGACCAGAAAAUUAUAUAACAGGAUGCUUAAAAGUUAAAUUGAAUGUGUCCUAAACACAAAGUUUAUCAAUAACUGCCCAUCUGGUAAAAUGGUUAGGUAAAUCUCUGUAGGGUUCAGUGCUUGUAUUGUAUCACCGUGGUGUCAUACACCAAAUGAAUGUGUUUAACAUCAAUGAGCUGUUGAAAGUAAUUUUGAUUGGUUGAUACAAUACUGUCACUAUCUGUUGUCAACAGCAGUACAAGACAUGUCAUUGACUCCCAUUCAAAUGUUUAUUGCAAAGUAAAAAUAACGGUUUAAGCACAUCCUUAACAUUAUUUUAGGAUUUUUUUGGUAUGUAUCUCCUCAAGUAAUGUUACUAUAUACUGCAGCAUUAAUCAAUCAAACGUAAAUCACAUUCUGUGUUUAUAACAGUUGGAAUUAAUUUUUUGGGGCUGAGAAUAUGUCAGAAAUCAGUCGCAAAAUUAAAUCCUGAAGCAUUAAAUCAAAAAAUGUCACAAUACCUGCCAAUAGUUACUGAUCUACUGGGAGAGAGGAGGGGGAUUAAUGUAUUAUUAUAUCGGUAUGUGUUUUUUUUUUCUUUCUUUUUCCGACCUUGAAGCUGGCUGAGUAUUUGAAUUGACACUUCCCAAUCAGAGUUCACACAGUCAGAACAGACGGUAUUCCCUUGUUGUUUUGUAAAUCCAGGUGAUGCUCUAAAAACAGUGAACAAUGUCUCAUAUUUUGAAAGCCACUUGUUGGACAUCAGUACUUGUUUGAUCCAUAAUUUUGUAAUUUUAUUUUCAAGCAACAACAUUUGUUAUUUUUAAGUCAUUGGUGUUUAAAGAUGAGAUAUACAGUUUGUAGAUAAUUACACACAGAAGUCCCUCAUCACAGGGUGAUAUACUGUACGUAGAGAAUGAGUGUGUGGAGGGUGUGUUUCAAUAACUGAACACAGAUGUAGACUACAUUGUGAAGUGCAUGGUGUUGCCUGUGAGCCUGUAACCUGUGACCUCAACUGAACUGAUCUGAACAGUCAUUGUAUAUUUUAUCUGGUAUGAAGCAACUCCUUGUGUGAUCUAUUCUCCACUUCCGUGUUAUUGCAGCACCUUGCUCAUUAUGUAUUGUGAGGAUUUGGUGUCAUAAAUAUCCUCACACUCUUAUCAACAUCUGAGCUGUGGAGUAAUGUUAAUGAGGCUUAUACGCUAGAUGGUUAGACGGUCAUAGCUCUCAAACACUUGUUAUGAAUUAAUUUAAUCAACUUGGUACGUCCCUCUGUCCGAUGAAAUGGCAGCUGCACUCACGACGUUCAUCAUAGAUGCAAAUGUAUCACACAAAGCUCACUGUUUUAGAGAGUGGGAAUGUAAUCAGUGUGAAAUUGGGUAUUUUACCAGCCACUGGUAAUUUGAAAAUUUAAAUGAGCUGUCGAGGUUUAAAGCUAGGACGUAUUUUUGCAGAAUAUACAGUUACUUCCCUAUGUGGCUUUUAAUUUCCUAAAACAUGAGGUGUUGCAGCUGUUUCAUACAGUGAAUAACUUAAGUUUCAUUUGUACGUGUAAUAGUUUAAAGAUCCAGGUCUUCAUAAAUGAUGCAAACCAUUCAGACUCAACUCAAGUUAAAUACACUUAAACCAAUUUCAUCUCCAGGUCUGGGUUUGAUUGUAGAGAUGCUCCAAUAUUCUUUUUUUCCUUUCUGAUACCAAUUCUGAUACUUUAACUUGUGUACCGAUCUGAUACAAUCGUAUUAAAAAUAAAUAAUUUAAAUAAUUACCAGCUGUAUACUGCUAACCCUUUAUGGAUGGAAAAUGAGUACUAACAUUGUUGUAUGGCAUGGCUCAGGUUAAACCCUAAACUUGUGGGACUUUCCAGUGUAAAAUAUUGUCAAAUUGUUGGCAUUUUCCUAACAGCUAACUUUUCACAAUUGAGCAGAAAUCAAUUCUUCUUCGCUGCUCUAAAACAGUUGUUGCCAGUGGCUGCACAGCGCAACUCUUUGUGUAGGCUACCAUUUUAGAGACACAAAGAAGAGUUGAUUUCUCAGAAAACUGCCAUUUAAUCCAGAUAUGAGGCUACUUUGAAGUUUAUUUAUAAGUUAUGUGGUAUCAAUCCAUACUUUUAGGCAGUAUUGGAAGCAUUACUGAUACUCGUAUCGGACAACUCUAUUUGAUUCGUCUACAUUUGCAUAAAAUUUUAAACCAGGGGAUAAUGACUAAUAUUAGAACAUGAUUGGUUUGCAUUGGAUUCUUUGAGGCUUGGUGUCUAUGAUCAUCGGCCAGUAGUUAAUUAUUAGCUGCUCACAGAGCAGUCUACCAGUGCAAUAAAGCUGCUGGGUCGUUGCCAUUGUUUGUUAUUAGGGUGUUAUAAUAUUUUGCUGUGCUUCUAUAGGCAGCACUCAUUGGGCCUUAUGAUUGGUAGAAAUAAUGUUUUAUUAUCACAGCUUUUAACGUGUGAAGGCUAUUUUCUGGGAACUUUGUUCCAUGCUCAUUUCCUACCUCUAAGAAGUCUUCAGUUUACAGCUGAGUUUUCAGUAGUUAGUUAACGUUAAAGCUGCAACAAUUAGACGAUUAACUAAUUAGUUGAUUGAUAGAAAAUUAAUUGCCAACUAUUCUUGAUAAUUGAUUCAUCUUUUCAGUUAUUUUUCAAGCUGAAGUGUCAAAACAUUUGUAGGUUUUAGCUUCUUAAAUGUUAGAAUUUGCUGCUUUUCUUUGUCAUUUAUGAUGGUAAUUGAAAAAUCUCUGGGUUUUAGACUGUUGGUUGGACAAAAGAAGCAAUUAGAAGUCAGCACUUUGGACUCUUGGAAAUUGUGAUGCGCAUUUUCACAUUUUUCUUACAUUUUAUGGACUAAAUGAUUAAUUGUGAAAAUAAUUGGCAGGCUAAUCAAUAAUGAAAACAACUGUUAGUUGCAGCCCCAGUGAACAUGCUUUCUUUCUGAACCUUUCAGUAUUGUUUGGAUGUAGACCUUAUUACAGCAGCAUCUGCUGUGGCUCAUUUUGUUUUUGCUGAAAGAAGUGUAUUCAAUGACGUCAAAAAGGCAGAUCUACAACAUUGGUGUUUUCUCAGUCACAGUGCAAUGGUGUAAAAAAAAACAAAACAAAAAAAGAUCACUCCUAGAGCAUUUGUGUCGCUGAACCUCUGCAGUCAUGUGUUCAUGUAUGGUCAUGUGUUUACAAACCUUAAACAGCUGUGAUGCUUUCUGUUGAUGCUGGUGUCAGUCUGUGUGUCUCUGAUGCAGUGAGGUGUACAUGUCAGUAAAUUACCAUCGAAGAUAUAUUGUUACCCUCAGCCUUCCCGAUAUUACUGAAGCUUUAUGUUAGUUAUUUUUAUUUUAAUUUUCUGAUGGCAUGACAUAAAACAUAUAAACUGCCAGGAAAUGAAUGGAGGACUUUGUGAUAUCUCACAUUUGAAAAGGGAAACAUUAGAUCAGCCACUGAAAACUGUAAAAGCGCUUAUAGCUCUGCAGUAUCAUAAUUUUCUAUCUGUGAAUGUUGGGGUUACUGGUACACUUGAUCCAUGGAUAAACUACAGAAUGUGUUAUUGACUGAAAUGCAUCCAAUAGGUCUUGAUAUAAGGUGAUGAUUUUUUUAAUAUAAACCCGAUGUAAUUUGAAGCUAAUUCUAAACUUUGACUUUCCAGAGCAGCAGUUUGGCUCAGUGUCUGUGCCUGUCAAACAUUUGAGAUUGGGUAUGUCUGUGUUUGUUGAUGAAACUAUUAUGUCAGAAAUACUAUUUUUGAUGUCAUGCAUGAGAAUGUAAUGUGGAGCUAAAAACAUUCAGCUGUUGUUUGAUUUUCAAAAGUUGUUCCCUGAGUGAAUUUAAGUGCAGUCGUCUGCUUGCCCCCUCAAGUUUCACCAGCAUCCAUCCCAUGAGGUGAGCCAAGUGUUACCUAAUCAGUUGAGGCUGUGGAUAUUUUCCCUGUACACAUGGUUUCUGUGUUCAAUAAAAAUGUAUUGUGCUGUGA